UGUUGACGUGUCUCUAAAGCGCUUUCCUCCCUUCAGCUCUCUCGUUUCUCUCUUUCUCUCUCACCCGGGCGGCGAAGCGCACCGGCAGCGCUGGACUAUCCGUUUACAGCUUACUGGGACUUCAGAUAGUAACCGUGAUUUCAGGGGACCGUCACCAUGGCGAUUAAGUUCUUGGAGGUUAUAAAACCAUUUUGUGCAGUUUUGCCAGAAAUACAGAAACCGGAAAGAAAGAUUCAGUUCAGAGAAAAAGUACUAUGGACUGCCAUCACGUUGUUCAUCUUUCUUGUUUGCUGUCAGAUCCCACUGUUUGGGAUCAUGUCUUCAGACUCCGCAGAUCCAUUCUACUGGAUGAGAGUCAUCUUGGCAUCCAACAGAGGUACUCUGAUGGAGUUGGGUAUCUCUCCCAUUGUGACCUCUGGUCUGAUCAUGCAGCUGCUGGCUGGAGCUAAAAUCAUUGAGGUUGGAGACACACCGAAAGACAGAGCGCUUUUCAAUGGAGCACAGAAAUUGUUUGGUAUGAUCAUCACCAUUGGCCAGGCUAUUGUGUACGUCAUGACUGGAAUGUAUGGAGACCCUUCAGAGAUGGGUGCUGGCAUCUGUCUGCUGAUCAUCAUUCAGUUGUUUGUGGCCGGUCUGAUCGUGUUGCUGCUGGAUGAGUUGCUGCAGAAAGGUUAUGGUUUGGGCUCUGGUAUCUCUCUCUUCAUCGCCACCAACAUCUGUGAGACAAUCGUAUGGAAAGCGUUCAGCCCAACCACAGUCAACACAGGCAGAGGUACUGAAUUUGAGGGAGCCAUUAUUGCUCUGUUCCACCUGUUGGCCACUCGUACCGAUAAAGUGCGAGCACUGAGGGAAGCCUUCUACAGACAGAACCUGCCCAACCUCAUGAACCUCAUUGCUACAGUCUUCGUCUUUGCAGUGGUCAUAUACUUCCAGGGCUUCAGAGUUGACCUGCCCAUCAAGUCUGCACGUUACCGUGGCCAGUACAACACAUAUCCCAUCAAGCUGUUCUACACCUCCAACAUUCCCAUCAUCCUGCAGUCUGCUCUGGUUUCUAACCUGUACGUCAUCUCUCAGAUGCUCUCCACUCGCUUCAGUGGCAAUUUCCUGGUCAACCUCCUGGGGACUUGGUCUGAUACCUCGUCUGGAGGUCCAGCUCGCGCCUACCCUGUAGGCGGUCUGUGUUACUAUCUGUCUCCUCCGGAGUCAUUUGGUUCUGUGCUUGACGACCCAGUCCAUGCAGUGAUUUACAUUGUGUUCAUGCUGGGAUCUUGUGCCUUCUUUUCUAAGACCUGGAUUGAAGUUUCCGGAUCAUCUGCCAAAGAUGUGGCCAAGCAGCUGAAAGAACAGCAGAUGGUGAUGAGAGGACACAGAGAGACCUCCAUGGUUCAUGAACUCAACAGGUACAUCCCCACAGCGGCUGCAUUUGGUGGACUUUGUAUUGGAGGCCUUUCAGUGAUGGCUGACUUCCUGGGUGCCAUCGGCUCUGGAACAGGAAUCCUAUUGGCUGUUACCAUCAUCUAUCAGUACUUUGAAAUAUUUGUUAAGGAACAGAGUGAAGUUGGCAGCAUGGGAGCGCUACUCUUCUAAACAAGGACACUCACAAGUCACACACACAUACUUGCUGACACCUUAUAAACACUUUUAUUAUUUUUAUGAUUGUUGUCGUUUUAUUUUUUAUUUCGGUGCGUUUAGAACAUUUAAAAUGGUCUGUCACGAAUGCUGUCUUGGGAGAGCGUGUUCUUAGUCCCUAGUUGCGGCUGAGCACGUUCUCCUAUUUGUCAGAAGUGGCAAAACGUUUCUAAAAUUCAGUGAUUAAGCUGAACUUCAGUGGUGGGACGGUAAAGAUGGACUCUGUGAGCUCUGACUAGGAAUAUUCAGGAGUUCUCCCUUCUCAUUUUGUCCUUCCUGCAUCUCUAUGUGUCACUGAAUCCCUUCAUUCACCCUAUGUUUAUUUCCUGUUUGAUCCUAGUCAUGCCAGGUUAAAAGGAUUUUCCAGAAAGUAUUGCUAAUGUUGAGUGAACUGAAUUACUCGACACUGCCAAGUUUGUCUCCACACACAAACUGUUUCUGCUACAUCUCAGUUUUGCAGCUGACAGGCCCCCCCCUCCCCCAAAUAAUAGCUGUUUAUGUGAUUUAGUUAGGGCAGUAGAUAUGAAAACCAAACAGAGUCGUCCCAGAAUAGCUUGUCAGUUCUAAACAAGGCAACAUUACAACAGGUGAAAUGCAACAUACAGUGUGGCACCAAUGGUGUGGUUUUUUUGUGUGUGUGUGUACUUAUUUACGCUGGAAUCCUUUUGUACAGAAUACAUCUGACACAGUAUGCUUCAAGGAUUUUCUGUUUUUGAAAGUACUUGUCUGUAGUGACAGCUUAGAGGCAGACAGAACUUGUUACACCUGAAGUCUGUUUACUUUCAAAAUUAAGCCCUUUUUACUGUAUCAUUGGGUGUCUGUAUAUAUGACAUUUAAUGCAGUGUGCAACCAUGUAAAAUAAAUCCUUCCUUUUUUUUUUUUUUUUUUUUUUUUUUUUUUUGACUAUGUAAAAAGAAAUGUUCCGAACAAAUAUAUUCAGCAGAGUCUGAUCAUUCUCAAUAAAAACUCAUUUUUUGGGAGACAA